UCUGGCUCACACAGCCGGGGCUCGCCUGAACGCAGAUGCUGGGCAGUUGCCGUUCUGGGGCGUGGGUGGUCGUUGGAGGUCCGACUCGAGGUUGGGGUGGUUGUUAGGCUGGAGCUGGGCGGCGGGAUGAUGGAGGAGGAGGAACUAGAGUUCGUGGAGGAGCUGGAAGCCGUGCUCCAGCUCACUCCCGAUGUGCAGCUCGCCAUCGAGCAGGUAUUUCCAAGCCAGGAUCCUCUAGAUCGAGCAGAUUUCAACGCUGUGGAGUAUAUCAAUACCCUGUUCCCAACAGAGCAGUCUCUGGCAAACAUCGAUGAAGUUGUGAACAAAAUUAGACUGAAAAUAGGGAGACUGGAUGACAAUAUUCGAACUGUCGUAAGAGGUCAGACAAAUGUGGGACAGGAUGGCAGGCAGGCACUUGAAGAGGCCCAGAAAGCUAUUCAGCAACUCUUUGGAAAAAUCAAAGAUAUCAAGGACAAAGCAGAAAAAUCGGAGCAAAUGGUUAAAGAAAUCACCCGCGACAUCAAGCAGUUAGAUCAUGCCAAACGCCACCUGACCACCUCGAUCACGACGCUGAACCACCUGCACAUGCUGGCGGGCGGUGUCGACUCCCUGGAAGCCAUGACCAGGAGAAGACAGUAUGGAGAAGUUGCUAAUCUUCUUCAAGGUGUAAUGAAUGUUCUGGAGCACUUCCACAAAUAUAUGGGGAUUCCACAGAUCCGGCAGCUUUCAGAAAGGGUGAAGGCUGCUCAGACUGAGUUAGGACAGCAAAUCCUGGCAGAUUUUGAAGAAGCGUUCCCUUCCCAGGGUACCAAGAGGCCGGGAGGACCCAGCAAUGUCCUACGAGAUGCGUGUCUGGUUGCUAAUAUUUUGGACCCCAGAAUCAAGCAGGAAAUCAUCAAAAAGUUUAUUAAACAGCAUCUGUCAGAGUAUCUGGUACUUUUUCAAGAAAACCAAGAUGUUGCCUGGCUGGACAAAAUCGACAGACGCUAUGCCUGGAUAAAACGGCAGCUUGUGGACUAUGAGGAGAAAUACGGCCGGAUGUUUCCACGCGAGUGGUACAUGGCCGAGAGGAUUGCAGUAGAAUUUUGCCACAUCACAAGGACAGAACUUGCCAAGAUCAUGCGCACCAGAGCUAAAGAAAUUGAAGUGAAAUUGCUUCUUUUUGCUAUUCAGAGAACAACUAACUUUGAGGGAUUUCUUGCAAAGCGCUUCUCCGGAUGCACCCUGACAGAUGGAACUCUGAAAAAACUCGAGUCUCCACCUGCCUCCACCAAUCCGUUCCUGGAAGAUGAGCCGACACCAGAGAUGGAGGACCUGGCAAUGGAAAAAGGAGAAUUAGAGCAGCCAAGGAAGCCUAAAGCCCCAGACAAUCCAUUUCAUGGAAUCGUUUCCAAGUGUUUUGAGCCUCAUCUCUACGUGUACAUUGAGUCCCAGGACAAAAACCUUGGAGAACUAAUAGACCGAUUUGUGGCUGAUUUCAAAGCCCAGGGGCCGCCUAAGCCGGGCCCUGAGGAGGGGGGAGCCGUGCUGCCCAGCUGCGCCGACCUCUUUGUCUACUACAAGAAGUGCAUGGUGCAGUGCUCCCAGCUCAGUACCGGGGAGCCCAUGAUCGCUCUGACCACUAUUUUCCAGAAGUACCUCCGAGAAUAUGCCUGGAAAAUCCUCUCUGGCAACCUGCCCAAAACCACCAGCAGCAGUGGCGGGCUGACCAUCAGCAGCCUCCUCAAGGAGAAGGAGGGCUCAGAAGUCGCCAAGUUCACUGUCGAGGAACUCUGCCUCAUCUGCAGCAUCCUGAGCACAGCAGAGUACUGCCUGGCCACCACCCAGCAGCUGGAAGAGAAACUCAAGGAGAAGGUUGACGUAAGUCUGACUGAACGAAUCAAUCUGACUGGAGAAAUGGACACAUUCAGCACUGUCAUCUCCAGCAGCAUCCAGCUGUUGGUGCAGGAUCUGGAUGGCGCCUGCGACCCCGCCCUGACGGCCAUGAGCAAGAUGCAGUGGCAGAAUGUGGAGCACGUUGGUGACCAGAGCCCCUACGUCACCUCUGUCAUUCUUCACAUUAAGCAGAACGUCCCCAUCAUCCGUGACAACCUGGCUUCCACACGGAAAUACUUCACUCAGUUCUGCAUUAAAUUUGCAAACUCCUUCAUUCCCAAGUUCAUCACCCACCUCUUCAAGUGCAAGCCAAUUAGCAUGGUGGGAGCAGAACAGCUGCUGCUGGACACCCAUUCCCUGAAGAUGGUCCUGCUCGAUCUGCCCUCCAUUGGCUCUCAGGUGGUGAGGAAGGCCCCUGCCAGUUACACUAAGAUCGUAGUGAAAGGCAUGACCCGCGCGGAAAUGAUCCUCAAGGUCGUGAUGGCCCCUCACGAGCCAUUGGUGGUGUUUGUGGACAACUACAUCAAGCUCCUGACGGACUGCAACACAGAAACCUUCCAGAAGAUACUGGACAUGAAGGGGCUGAAGAGAAGUGAACAAAGCAGCAUGCUGGAACUCUUCCGCCAGCGGCUCCCCACCCCACCCUCAGGGCCCGAAGGCUCCAGCUCCCUGUCCCUCCUGACUCCAACUCCAGAACAGGAAUCAUCUCGCAUCCGCAAACUGGAGAAACUCAUUAAAAAGAGACUGUAGGAGCAUCCCGGGGGCACUUUUCCCCCUGGCCAGUGACCCCCCAGCACCCAGAUCCCUGGAAGCCCUCCCCUCCCCUGUGCUUCCCCAACUCUCAGAUUGUCAGCCUUGAAACUUGGGACAUUUGGGUCCUUCAUGUGUCUCUCCCAUGCCCGAUCUUAAUUCCUGUGCUAGUGGGCGAAGCCGAGUCAGGGCUGGAUUAUAAGAAGGCAGUUUAGAUGGUCUCUGAUUCCUGCAGCAGAGGCAUCAGUGAAAGGUUCCCCGUGCGUCACUUGCUGUUCCCAGGCUGUUGUCACUGACUCUGAAGCCUCACCUCCGCGGUCACCCCCUCUGGCCUGUGGCCCUGUUCCCUUCCAUGCUUGUGUCCUGGCAACUUGUGUGAGAAAGCCUGGAUCUCACCGCUUCCUCCACCUGCUGCCGUUUGAGGUCACCUCUGAGGCCGGAGCCCUAAGAGAUGUCCUCUGGGCUUGGCUCUAGGGCCCGAGUUAGGAACCCGAGUUAGGAAGUGGCAGAUGACGGGUGUGGGAAACUAGCCUUUCUUCAUGGAGGCAGUGGAAGCAGGAAGCAUCUUCCAGGUAAAUCCCUGUUUCCUGGGACAUAUUUUGCUUCUGGUACUUUUUAUGGCUUGGCCUAGUUAUCCAUGUUCGCCUCAUUGCUCAUCCCACCCCCUCUCUAUGUACGUCUAAGGAGAUACACAGAUUCUGUCUGAGUGUCUGCCUCCCGGGAGGAUUGUCUGUGGCAGCCUCACAAGCAGGUGUCCCCUCUGCUCUGGGGCUCCUGGCCUGGGGGUGGGGGCAGGCCCGCAUCUGACUUGGAGAGAGGGUUCUGUUUGACACACUGUGUGGUGUAAACUGAUUCUUUUUCUUCCCACUCUGCUCUCGACUGACUUCUAGGGUAGGGAUUGCCUUCUGUGAAGGGAAGCCAGGAAGUUUUCCUAGAAAACCUUUCCUAGGCUUUCUGCUCAGAUAAAGCUGUGAAGUCCAAGAAGCCUGUCCCCUCUAAUCCCCUACUUCACCUUCAUUUUCAAAUCCAAAGCACUUUCCAGAAUCGUCUGAAACAGCAAAGGGUGAUGUGCACUGCCAGGGUGACAUAUGCCUUUGUCAUUAACGACGGAGAACCCUGGUCCAUGGAUACCGAAGACCAGAAUACUGACCUUAAACACCACCUCAGAACCAGGCAGAGCCCACAUGGCCCCUGGGCCACCCAUCCUGUCACCACAGGCUCUUGGCGACACAUCUGUGCAGAAGAGUGUGCCCUGCGGAACCGCUUCAGUCUCCACAGGUCAUCCUGUAUCACAAAAACGGACCACAGAGUUGUCCUGAUUCGCCUGGUCAGCAUCUGGUCAGGAAUUAGGAGCAGUGUGUUGUUCAGGUGGGGAGAGAGCUAAGGGGGGAAGGCGGAGAAUGCACGGGACGCACACAGGAUAACUCUAGUGACAGCCAUACAAUGGGGAACUUGAAGGUUUGAAAAUCUGUCCAGAAACAUUGCUUAUUUCUCUCCUUCCUGUCUCCCCAGUAGAACCAGUCUGCUCUGUUCCUUCCUUCUCCAGCAGCCUUUCCUCCAGACUCAGUCUGUCAGCCCCAGCUUUGAUCCUGGGCCUCAUUUCUUCAUCAGCCCCUGGCCUGUUCUCACUUGUUAGUAUGACUCUUACGUAUUGAGCAUCUCAGGCUCAUGAACACUGAGAAAAGUACGUGGUGGAAGAAAGAGAUGUGGCCUUUAGCUGAGCCCUAUUAGAAGAAGUUUGCUAUGUGAGGAAAGGGCAGGACGGGUGGGAGGGGACUGGGGGAGCACUGGACAGGUUUCACUUUGCUUGGACCGCCGCAUUCGGAUUGCCUGGUAAAGUUGCCCCGCCCACACUCAUGGAGAUUCACAGUUCUCUCCCCGCUCCUGAAAGCAGGGGUGAUGGCUAUGGGCCCAUCUCCAAACAGCCGCUUCAGCCGUCUGUCAUCGACCAGGGGAGCUGGAAACGCCAGUGGACUCCUGCACCUGGUUCUUGUCAUUCAGUGUUUACAGAUCCACACUUCUCUUCUUGGUUCAUUCAUGGGGAGUCAUUUUCUGGAUGCCUCCAUAAAGUCAUUGAGAUGUCAAGCCGCUGUCCACCCUCCCCACCCCACCCCCGCGGCGGUUGGUGGUCACAGCCAGGGAUGUUGCGUUCUUGAUUUAUUACAGUCAGUAAUCUCCAAGGAGCCAACAGAUGUCAGUAGGAGUUAUGUUAAGUGUCUUGUUGAUGGGAUCCGAAUGCUGUGUAUGCAUCCUGUAAAGCCAGUGUGUUUCUCAACUUGGGGUAUGCAUCACAGUCACCUGGGGCUCUUUUUUUUAACAAGUACAGAUGCCUGGAGAUUGUGAAUCAGUAAGUCUGGAGUGGGGUCCAGCAUAUAGAUUUAAAAGUUCCACAGGUGAUUAUGAAGUUUACUCCUUAUGAAGAACCAUUGUAUAAAGAGAAAUUUGCUUUAUUGAAGGGUUAUUCCUGUAACACAUUUUCAUAAAUAUGUAUUUUUUUUCUGACUCCAAGCAAGUGUAAUUACUGUACCACUGAGCUGGUGCCCAAAUGGUAGUUUUUGCCGCUAGCUGGCAGCUUUAAUUUUGAAUUUGUGUUGAUGGUGGGAACCACAGCAGAAAUCAUGCUGUCCCCAUACUGACUAGGAUUCUUCCUGUUUUGAUGACCAAGCCCCAACAGAGGUUUAUUUAUUAUUGUCACCUUGAAAUAAUAAUAUAUAUAAAGGAGCACUCAUUGAUCAAAACAAUAGCUAACAACUCUGUUAUUCAGCUAAGUGAGAUAUUGUACCCAUUCCUUCCCCCUACUUUCUCUGGUCCCUUAAAAAAAAAAAAACUUUGAAGUUGCCUUAUGUGGUUAAAAUAAAUAUUGGUAAUUUAUAAUGGAUAAA